CUGCGCGGCGUGAGCCUGCGGGAGCGCGGCGGAGCAGGUUCCGACCAUGGCUGACGGCGGCCGAGUACCUCAGGCCCGGGCGCUCCUGCAGCAGUGUCUGCACGCCCGACUGCAAGUUUGUCCAGCCGAGGGGGACGCCACGGCCCAGUGGGUGGAGGUUCAAAGAGGAUUAGUGAUUUAUGUGUGCUUCUUCAAGGGAGCUGACAAAGAACUUCUUCCCAAAAUGGUUAAUACAUUGUUAAAUGUGAAAUUAAGUGAGACAGAAAAUGGCAAGCACGUCUCUAUAUUGGCACUACCUGGUGAUGUUCUAAUCAUUCCCCAAGCCACCCUUGGAGGCAGAGUAAAAGGAAGAAACAUGCAGUAUCAUUCUAACUGUGGAAAAGAAGAAGGGUUAGAACUGUAUUCCCAAUUUGUGACUCUCUGUGAAAAAGAAUUCGCUGCAAACAGCAAGUGUGCGGAAGCUGGGGUUGUGGUGAAACAUGGCACUUAUGGGAACAGGCAAGUACUGAAGCUUGAUACCAAUGGGCCAUACACACAUCUGAUUGAGUUUUGAUAAAUUCAAGAUUAGUUCCCACAACUGUUUUUCUACUAAAAGACCUGAACUAUAGUUAGAUUUUCUACUUCUUCACCUUGAAUACACUCGUCUGCAGCACUUUGAGGCAAGAAAAUCCUGGGUGCUAUAAAUAACUGUAACUUGAUAAUCAGAUGACCUUGCCUGGUCACAUAACUAGAUCUGUCACCUUCUGUUCUACAUUCCUCCACCCUUCCACUGAAAAAUUUGAAAAAUGUCAUCUAUUUACCUCCUAGUCAUUAAGAAAAUCUUGACCACACUUAAAAGAUCACAUGCAUUUAAACCUAUUUUGUAAUGAAUAAAGUUGAGUUGUACAGUCAAUAAAAAUACAUGUUAUGCCACAAGUUUAUGUAGUAAUAAAAGUAACUAUUUGUAUUAAAAUUAAGACCCAGCACAAACCAACUAUAACUUCAUCUGUUUUAUUUUACUAUGCCAGUUUUACUUUUUUCUUUGUUUUUUAUUUUGUAUUACUUAUUUAUUCUUUGAUGGUGCUAAGGAUCAAGUCCAGAGCUUUGUACAUGUUAGACAAGCACUGUAUUACUGUGCUAUAUUCCCAGCCCAGUUUUCUGUAAUUUGAAUAAAAUCAGAUAUUUUACUAUUGUUUUUAAUAAUACCUAUUAAAAUGUGAUAUAGCAAUGUUA